AUGCCUCUAUCUUCAGGAACAGACGUCAAGUCGGCAUUGUUCCCUCAAUUUAACGAUUUUCCCCCGGACAUCCGCCUAAUCGUAUGGGAGUAUUGUAUUCCCCUACCCAGGGUAGUUGUUUUAACUCACGAACCCAUUGAGAGACCUAUAAAUUCUACGGACGAAAUCUGGGCAUUCAGAUCACAAACUCCAGUUCCUGUUAUCUUGUUUGUCAAUCGAGAAUCUUACAAUAUCGCAACAAGAUUUUAUGGGCGCACCUUCAUAAAUGGGUACCGCGAAGGCACCCAUACUCUUGCAGAAACUUGGUUCGACUUCAAGAGGGAUAUCCUAUACCUGCCUCAGCAACAUAUAGCCGCCCAUCUAGGCGAUUUUCUCUCUGCCCUUCCACGAUCAACUCAUGGCAACCAAGAUACAGGAGGCUUUAAUAGAGUGGAGAACCUUGCAUUACCAAUCAGGUGGUUGCCCAAUCUUGCACGCACUUCGGACGGCAACAUACAUAAACCCUUGACUAGAUUACUAGGCACAUUCGGCGGUGUAAAAAAGGUUCAUCUUAUAGCUGGUCAGGAUCCCCCGCAUCCUUGUACAGAGAGUGACGUUGUUUUUCAAGAUGGAUGGCACCUUCCUUGCAGGUGUAUUGAGAUGUUUGAGUUGUCAAAAGCGCGGGAUACACCACUUUUAGCCCCAGAACCAUUUCCGCCGUACUCUGUUGCAAGGCACAUGAUGGAAAGCGAAAGUUUUAUAGUGGAUGAAAAUCUAUUAGAUAGUGAGAGGGAGAGAUGGAAUGAUGAUGUCGCAAGUCGCUCAAAGAGCUUCGCGACUAACAUUACAGAUGAACGAGAUGGACCUGACAAAAGACAUUGGGAAAUGCCUAGUUUUGAGACCAAAAUAUUGGUCAGUCGGGACUAUCAGGAGAAGUUUGAGGCUCAAAAGCUAGAAUAUCUCAGCAUGAUUGAGGAAAACGUGAAAAGGCACGAGAAUCACAAGGAAAACGAGUGCAAUUGCGGACCUGGUGCCAUAAAUCCAUUAUUGUUAUCCGGCGUCUGCACCUUCAAUCUUGCUGGAUUCCUACUUUUUAAAUCGCCCACUAUCAAAUUCUUUACAGGUGCGGCUUCCUAG